AUGUCGCUAUGGGGCAUGAGGUUCUUCCACACGGCCAAGAUGCCAGGGCCUGUUCGACAAAGAGCUGCGAGGAAUGGGUACAAGCAGCUUGACUUUCUCGUUGCUCUUCGGGACCAUGCCAUUAUGUAUGCUUCUUCAGAGACCAUCUGCAUUUAUGCUUCUUUUGUUCAUCUACCUCCGGCGACCCCUGAUGAGGCCGAGAGCCUCCGCAACAUCUCAUCGGAUGAAGCAACCACUGAGCAUGAGUCUGACCAAGAGCAAGAGGACAGCGACGAUGACCCGUGGGACGCACAAGCUGCAGCAAGCGCUACAGCUGUGGACGAGCCAAACACCGUUGACUCGCAAGGCGACACAGGAUCUGAAGAACACGCCGGAGAUGACACCCUGCCCGACGCUGAGGCUGCCGUGGAUGAUACCUAUGAUCAUGACAUGAAGGUCCUGGCCCCAGCUUUGCCUAGCGCCCCUGCUCAAGCUCAGGGUUCUGCCACCAACACCACGACAGCAGAGAGUUCGGUAAAUGCCAACAACUAUCUUACAAAUGAUCCCGGAAGCAGCGAGCGGGACAGAGGUCAGUCUUUGGGGCAGCUCAAGGACAUCGACCCCCCGUCAUCCCUCAAUACUGAAGGCGUCAACGCAGAUGAAAACCCAAUGGGAAACAGUCCAAAGUGGCUCACGAACACUCCUGGUUCACCCUACGAGAACAAAGCAGCUACCUCUUUCAACAACGCGAACAGCCCUAGCCAGGCUGAUAAGGGUUACGCUACUGCGGCUCAGGAAGGCGGAGACGCUGACGCUGACGCUGACUCUGUCGGGGAGGCGGGAGACACAUCCCUCCAGCCCAACAACAUUCGCGUCCCUUUGUACAGACGACCCAGCACCCUUUUUGACACUCCCCCUACCUGGGCGGAAGAGUACAAAAAGUUUUUGGACAAAGCAUUCGAAGCCUGGCGUCUGUUUUACAACACUCGCGCACCCAGACCUCUCCGGACACGACUCGCAGAUCGGCGUACGCACGAGGCCGCCGUCAAGCGGUACAACCUCAUCAACCUGGGCCUCUACCCUUGCGUCACUGUAGAGCAUCUCUUGGAGUUGAAGCUUCGCAUUGAUGACGUUGCACGCUUCUGUGAUUUCAUGACUGCCAACAUGAUGGAGAUCGAGUAUGCCAAGGACCUGAGGAAGGAGGUCAUAUACACCUAUCCCGCCAACUCACCCCUUCGGCUUCGAACCAAAGGCCUUAGAAGUUCUCUGCGCUUCGUGACUCAUGUCGACGAGGGCUGGGAUGACGAGGAGGACAACUGGGGAAUGCCUCCUCUCACGAAGAAGAGAGGCCUGAUGCAGUUCCAUGCAUCACAGAAUCUGUCUUGGUAUUGGUAG